UAGAUGCACUUGGGUUUAACCGGCUCCCUGAACUGAAACGCCGUCGCCGCCGCCGCCUCGUCAAAGCUCUGUUUACACUGUUCCGGCUAUAAACAUCAUAAAAAAGAGGAAAGACAAUUAAUAGGGCUGCAUUUGACGUCAGAAAACCGGUUGUUUUUUUGUGAGCGCUUGGAGAUAAAGAGUAAAAGUGAGGAAGAAGCAGCCCUGCAUCAACUCAUUGUAGAGAGAGAGAGAGGGAGAGAGAGGGGUAGAGAGACUUACUGAGAGACUGAGAGAGAAAGAGAGCUUCUCCGGAUGAUGGAAUUCAGCUUGGCUGGCUGUGAGGAGCUGUAGUAAUAUAGAAACACAGAGAGGAGGAAACACAGCUGAAGAGGCUUUAAGUUUUUAAAGAUAAAGACUGCAUCUGAGAUCUGAGAGCAUGGCUUGGCAAGGCAUCCACUGGCUUUUGAUGUUAUUUGUUUUGAGCGUAACUACUGUGGAAGCAGGAGACCCUAAAGCCGAGCCGACGACAGACUUCUCUCUAGCUCCUGCUAUGGGGGUGAUGGAGGGGGAGAGGCAGAUCAUGACCGAGUCUCAGUAUAAAUGUCUGGAGCUGUUGAGCAGAGAUGGGCCACCCAAUAAAACAGAUUCCCACUGCAGCAGGUUCUGGGACGGCUGGCUGUGUUGGGAUGAAACUCCCGCUGGGACUUAUGCUUCUCAGAGCUGUCCAGACUUCCCCACUUUCGACACGUCAGAAAAAAUCACCAAAUAUUGUGAUGAAUCUGGUAAUUGGGUACACAGUUCCCCUUCUAAUAAAACCUGGUCCAACUGCCUUAAGCCUUCAAGGGACAAAUCGAAGAAGGGCUCAGCUUUUGGUGUUUUGGAGGUGGAGGCAGAUUCCACCGUGGAAACUCUGGUCACUCAGAAAGUGGAGGAGAGGAAGAAAAUCAUUGAUGGCCAAUAUAAAUGCUUUGAGAAAAUGAACAGGGACCUCCCAUAUAACAAAUCAGGUCUGUACUGUAACAGGACGUGGGAUGGCUGGCUGUGUUGGGAUGACACGCCUGCAGGAACAUACACCACUCAAAACUGCCCCAACUACUUUCCUGACUUUGACCCCACAGAAAAAGCCACAAAGUAUUGUGAUGAGACUGGAAACUGGUUUCGACACCCCGAGACGAACAGGACCUGGUCCAACUACACCCAUUGCAUCGCUUACACAAAAGAGAAGUUAAAGAUGGCAUACAUCCUGUACUACAUGGCCAUCGUUGGUCAUGCUUUGUCUAUUGCAUCCCUCCUCAUCUCUCUGGCCAUUUUCUUUUAUUUCAGGAGUCUAAGCUGCCAAAGGAUCACUUUGCACAAGAAUCUGUUCUGCUCCUAUGUGCUCAACUCAGCCUUCACUAUUAUCAACCUCAUCUUCGUCGUCAACAAUCCUAAAGUGGUGGAGAGGAACCCGGUUGGCUGCAAGGUGCUGCACUUUUUCCACAUGUACAUGCUGGGCUGUAACUAUUUCUGGAUGCUGUGUGAGGGGAUCUACCUGCACACUCUCAUUGUGGUGGCUGUGUUUGCUGAGGAACAACACCUUCACUGGUAUUACCUUUUAGGCUGGGGAUUUCCAUUGGUGCCUGCGUCUAUUCAUGCUGUGGCAAGGAAGAAGUAUUUUGAUGACAACUGCUGGAUGAGUGUGGAGACCCAUCUGCUGUACGUGGUUCAUGGCCCCAUUGUGGCAGCUUUAUUAGUGAACCUGUUCUUUCUGCUGAACAUUGUGCGGGUUUUGGUGACUAAGCUGAGGGACACUCACCGGGCGGAGUCCAACAUGUAUAUGAAAGCAGUGCGGGCCACUCUUAUUCUCGUACCACUAUUAGGCAUCCAGUUCGUCAUCUUUCCUUGGAGGCCAGAGAACCGAUUGGCUGGGGAAAUUUAUGACUACAUCAUGCACAUAUUACUGCAUUACCAGGGCUUGCUGGUGGCAACAAUAUUCUGCUUUUUUAAUGGAGAGGUUCAGGCCACUCUGAAGAGGCAGUGGAUGCAGUAUAAGGUGCAGUGGGGCCAGCGGCGGCGUGAGCACUGCUCCAUGCGUUCCACCUCCUACACCACCACCUCCAUCACAGAGGUUCCUGCCUUCAUGUUUCACCACGACUGCAACAGCGAACACUUAAACGGCAGACAUGCAGACGACUCUGAGCUUGUAGCCCUCAAGGCAAGGGAGACCUAUGCCUGAGGCAGCGAACAUCAGAGAAACGUUGGUGAAUGCUAUAAGAGAGGAGAGACGGAGCCAGUGGAAGGUGGCAGUGGAGAAUCCAUUAUUAGGUGAUCACACGGUUGAUGACGUCCCACUGGAUCUCCAGUCUCUGAUAAGGCGCGUAGGUCGACAGCAUGGCACCCGGUUCCUGCGUGCUGGCAGCGGUAUCUCUGCUGAGACGAGUCUCGAGGUAUAUCACUGUUUAUUUUCUCUACAGUUCUGCUGCUGCAUAACAAAGACAAAUGGACUGAGGCGGCAUUCCUGAAGAAUGUGACACAUUUUAGCUGCUAAUCCCGGGACCCGGUUAGAUCUCUUCAGGCCCGCAGUCACAGGCAGAAGUGUUGCUUCACUGAAACCAAAGGGUGUGCCGUUUUGUUGGACGAAGCUUGUUGGACGAAGGAAAGGCUCUUAAAGUUCUGGGAUUUCAGUCACGGAGAUGAGCCUCCAGAGGACUCAGCAAGUGUCCGCGGAUGAAAAGAAGCCGUGAAUAAAAGUUCCUCUGUGCCUAAGUUCUGGAAAUCCUGUACAUAUGCUCAUCAGGUUCACUUUAAACGUGUCAAAGUAUGUCACAGAGAUUAUUUUUCUGAUGGUUGUCCCGCGAACCUAAAUCACUUUUUUUUCGUCCGUGUUUGUGAGACUUGUGACUUUCCUGUUUGUGCAGCUGUGCUUUUCACUGUCUGUGUCACAAGAGGAGCGUGCAAUGUUUUAAAAAAAAUAACCCUGAAAGACAUUUUUAGGAGUGCUUUAAAGAUAAUUUAUAUGCUCAGAGCUCAAGUGCAUUAAA